AUGGCUGAAAUCAUUGAGAUUGCUCAAUUCAGUAUGGAAAAUGCUCAUCAUCAUAACUAUGAUCACAAUUGUCAUGCUAAUAAUAUGUGCACCAAUGCUGCCAUAGAAGUCAACAACCAGCAUGAUCAACUCCAACUCAGAAAGCUUGUAAAAUUCAUUCUGGUGCAGUUCCUGGCUCAAAAAAAGAAGCCUUGGGAUGAAAAAGAGCUCUCAAAAAAAGAGCAGGCAGAGUAUCUUGCUGAUGGCCAUUGUUUCUGCUGUGAAAAAGCUGGUCAUAAAUCAAGAGACUGUCCAGAUGGUCACCUUGCCUCUGGAAAACACUCUGGUCCAUCUGGGCUCUCUUCAGCCAGUAUUUGUGUAGCUCUGAAGGAGGCUGAUAGAGUAACACAGUUAGCAAGUGCCUCUAGCACACAAUUUGACUUACAAUUGAAUAGCAUUGAUAUGCAUGGUCUUUUGAAUCUUGUGCCUGCUCAGUUCACAGAGUUUUGUGCUGAUAAUGCUUGUGACUCAGCUUGCAGCUCUGCCUGUGGAUGUGAGGGUGAUGAUGAUCUUACCUUGGAUACUAUUGACAGUCCCCCCAUGCUAGAGAAUAUUGAGGAGAAGAGUGGAGAUUCCAUAUCUUUCAAUCCUGACAAGUGGUGCUCAUGUCAGCCUCCAUGGAAGGAUGCAGAUUAUCCAAAACUUAGUCCAGGAGAACAUUGUGAUUGGUCAGAAGCACAGGCCUCAAAGUUUUUGCAAACUCCAAAAAACAUCAUUGUAUCAGCAUCAGUGGUAAAGUCUGGAAGGAUUGCAAUCUGA